GCUCUACCAGUUGAAAAAUAUGGCAAACAGUGUGUCUCCUGAACAGAAUCAAAAUCACUGUUCACCCUUCAACAGCAGCAGCCCGCUGAUGCAGGGCAACCUCCCCACCCUGACCUUAUCCGGAAAGAUCCGAGUGACAGUUACUUUCUUCCUUUUUCUACUCUCCACGACUUUCAAUGCUUCUUUCUUGUUGAAACUUAAGAAGUGGACUCAGAAGAAAGAGAAAGGAAAAAAGCUCCCAAGAAUGAAGGUGCUUUUAAAACAUCUGACGUUAGCCAACCUGUUGGAGACUCUGAUUGUCAUGCCACUGGACGGAAUGUGGAACAUUACAGUCCAAUGGUAUGGGGGAGAGUUCCUCUGCAAAGUCCUCAGCUACUUGAAGCUUUUCUCCAUGUAUGCCCCAGCCUUCAUGAUGGUAGUGAUCAGCCUGGACCGCUCUCUGGCCAUCACGAGACCCCUAGCUGUGAGCAACAGCAAGCUGGGACAGCCCUUGAUUGGCUUGGCAUGGCUCUUCAGUAGCCUCUUUGCUGGACCACAGUUAUAUAUCUUCAGAAUGAUUCAUUUAGCUGAUGGUUCUGGACAGUCUGGAGGUUUCUCUCAAUGUGUAACACACUGCAGUUUCCCACAGUGGUGGCACCAGGCCUUUUAUAACUUUUUCACCUUCAGCUGCCUCUUCAUCAUUCCUCUUCUCAUCAUGUUGAUCUGCAAUGCAAAAAUCAUCUUUACCCUGACAAGGGUCCUUCAUCAGGAUCCCCACAAACUACAAUUGAAUCGAUCCAAGAACAAUAUACCGAGAGCUCGGCUGAGGACCCUAAAGAUGACAGUUGCAUUUGCCACUUCAUUUACUGUCUGCUGGACUCCCUACUAUGUCCUAGGAAUUUGGUAUUGGUUUGAUCCUGAAAUGUUAGACAGGGUGUCAGAUCCAGUGAAUCACUUCUUCUUUCUCUUUGCUUUUUUAAAUCCAUGCUUUGAUCCACUUAUAUAUGGAUAUUUCUCUAUGUAAUUAUUAAACUACAUAGGAAGUCUUGUAAAAAAAAAAAAAGCAUGGUAAUGAAUUUUCCCAUUUGGCAAUAGUAAACA